UUGGAGGACGGCCGCGUGCUGCAGCGGGCGACGCGCGCGUUCGACGUGAACCGCGACGGCAAGGUCGACUUCGACGAGUUCGUCAUCGGCAUGGCGCGGUUCAUGCCCACGGACGACGUCGCGGCCCAGCUCGCCUACAUCUUCAGCCUCUACGACGUCAACCGCGACGGCAACGUCGAGCUCUGGGAGGUCACGGACGUGCUCGAGGACCACGAGGACGACCUGGGCAACAUGUACGAGCACUGCCUCAAGGUGAACUGGAAGCUGGACCUCAACGGCGACGGCAAGAUCACCAUGGGCGAGUUCUUCAAGGUCAUGGGCAGCGAGAAGAUCUAC